AUGGUGAUUUACUCAAGAAUGCAACAGUCUCCUGUCACUGGGUACCAGGGGAGAGAGCUCAGCACCCCCCUCUCCACGUCCUCUCCUCAGGAAGCGGCGGAGAGCAGCGAGGUCACCCCUCGGCCUCCUCCUCUCCAAACUAGACCACCAACUGCACGCAAUGCUCGAAUUCACCCUACGGGGAAGCUCUUCGUGCUCUCGGACGGAGAAGGGAAACACACGACCGUGGAGCUGAGCGAACCUCUAGAUGAAGAGAUCUCGGGAGUUAUUGAAGUGGUGGGAAGAGUAACGAAUCAGGCAACCAUCAUGUGCAUGUCAUAUGUCCAGUUCAGAGAAGAUAAAAGUCCAUUUGAUUUGGAACUCUACAAUGAGGCACUAAAAAUUAUUCAUGAAUUCCCUGAAUACUUCCCGUUCGGUGCUGGGAGGAACAACUGA